GUAUCUUACAUGACAUUUUUCAGUUUAUUUUUCACUUGUCAGUUGUCACAGUUGUCAGUGAGAAAAUUGGAGCAAACUAACAAAUUUUCACUCCGGAAUUUUUCAUAAUAUAAAAUAUUUAUAUCAUUUUAUAUUGUAUUAAUUUUAUUACUGUAUCGAACGUGGAAAUUUCAAGUACGUUGUAUUGAUAUGAAGUAACAGUACUGUACAUUUAAAGUAUCUACAUUGAUCUACAUACAACAAAUUUGAGGGCGUAAAUCUCCUUUUUGUCACUUUUAUUUUUGAUAGAAAAAAUUACUAAUUAUUAAUUAAAUAAAAAACCAAAUAAUAUAUAAUAAAUAAUGAUUCGAUUUAUUCUUAUUCAAAAUCGUGCUGGCAAAACUAGACUUGCUAAGUGGUACAUGAAUUUUGAUGAUGAUGAAAAACAAAAAUUGAUUGAAGAAGUUCAUGCUGUUGUUACUGUCAGAGAUGCAAAACAUACAAAUUUUGUUGAGUUUAGAAACUUUAAAAUUGUAUACAGACGCUAUGCAGGUUUAUACUUUUGCAUUUGUGUUGAUGUCAAUGACAACAAUCUUUGUUAUCUCGAAGCAAUACACAAUUUUGUUGAAGUUUUGAAUGAAUAUUUUCACAAUGUUUGUGAACUUGAUCUAGUCUUUAAUUUUUACAAGGUUUAUACUGUCGUUGAUGAGAUGUUUUUGGCUGGUGAAAUUAGAGAAACCAGUCAAACUAAAGUUUUAAAACAAUUGUUGAUGCUUAAUUCAUUAGAGUAGUUUCUACUACUAUUAUUAUUGUUAUUAAUUUUCAUUCCAGCAUUAUUAUUAAUCUCUUCAAGUAUGAUAGAUGAAAUAUUAGAAGAAGAAAAUAUUGACAAUUUAUCAAAACCUUCGAGUCAUCUUCAAUAAAUGAUACAAAUUUUUAUGUAAUUUUCUGAUUUUUUUUUCUUUUUUUUUUUUUAAUAUACUGUAUAUUAUAUAUAUUACUCAAUAGACUCGUUAUUGUCGAGUAUUUAUUUAAAUUAAUUUAAAAUAAACGUGAAUAUAUUCAUUUAAAAUAUUCAAUGUCUAUAAUUUUUUUUUUUUUUAUAUUCGCAUUUUUGUGGGGGAACCACAGUGUUGGUACAGAAGAAUUUUACAAGAAAAAAUUAUUGAUAAAAUAUAUAUAUUUGAUUAUAUAAUAUAAUAAUAAUAUGUUUAAUCAAAAAUUGUGGGGAGUAGAAGGUUCUGCUAGGUUAUCAAAGGGUUAUCGUAACAAUGAUUAUCACAAGAAAAAAAUAUCAAUGCUUGUAGUUGCGACGACCCCUGUAACAUAUAUCGCGCAUCGCUUCGCUUCGAUACGCCUCGAAUAUUCAACUUGUAACAUUUAUAUAAGACUAUAUUUUAAUUCCAUUUUUUUAAUAUACAUUUUAUGAUUAGUAAUUUUCAUUUUUUAAUUAACUAAUGAUGUCUUUGGUUGAAAAGCUUGUCAAAUUUUUAAUUAAUUUUAUUAGUAAUUUUAAAAAAAUUACAUGGCGAUUUUUUUUUAUAAAUUUAUUUAACUAGAAAUAAUUUUAAGCAACGAUUACAUAAUAUUGUCAGAAAAUUUAAAAAACGAAAAAACAAACGGUGGGAAAAACACGAAAAAUAUUCUCCGGAGUACCCCGGUAAUUUCACGCGAGUCAAGGUUUUGGGGUUCCCCGAAUAUUCACCGGAAUUUUAUCGGUAUUUUCAAA